AUGAUAAAGGAAAAUGAUAGAUAUGGCGAAGAUAGCAGAUACUCUAUUUAAAACUAAACAGAUUCAACAGAAUACGAAAGGAUGAUAAUAGAAUUACAGAAUCAGAUUGAAACCCUUAAUGACAAGUUAUUAGAAAAUAGUUUUAAAAAUUUGGAGCUAAAAUAAGCAAUUAAAAAACUUGAAAUGCUUGAGCAAGAAAAGGAAGGAAAGAUAAAGUAAUUAAAUGCUAAAAUGUAAAAUGAUUAUGCUAUAUAGAGAAUUAAUAAAUAAAGCACAAAAGGAUAAAAGAAAUAGACACUUGAAAGAGAUUUAUAGUCUAAAAAAGUUUACUUAUCAAAUUCUGUAGAAAUAUGUUAGUCAUCAAAUCUAUGAUGAGAAUGACGAAAACUUUUACGAUUAUGAAUCAAAUAUUGAGAAUAUUAUAGAAGAGAUUAUUCUAUCAUAAAAAUGUAAUUUUGAUUAAAUCAAAAAAUCAUUUGAGCCAAUUCUACAGCAACAACAAAUUGUUAUUUAAAAUAAUGAUUACCGUGAUUUGGAUUAAUAUUUUAAAGAUGCAGUGAUCUAAAUUAAAAAUAAAUUUUAAAGUUCUUAAGAGUAAAUUUUUAUUGUAAUUUAGUAUUCAUUAAACUAGUUACAAUCAAUCUUAUAUGUAUGAGGAGUUGAAACGUCUACGAUUAGCACUAAAUUUAUUUAUAAAUGAUUCUGUUGUGAUGAUUAAAGAUUAAUUAAACUAAAAGCGUUCAUUUUGUAAAGUACAAAAAUCAAUAAGUAUAUUUUAUAGAAUAUUGAGGAUAAUAAAAAUUAUUGCGCAGAAAUAUAAGUUAUACUAAAUAGUGUAACACAAAAUUAGGAUCAGUUCGAGAUAAGUUUGUAGUAGUUAUCUAUGGCAUUUAAGAAAAUUAUCUAAUUGGUUAUUUGA